GCUGGAAAGUUUGGGAGGGCAAAACGGAAGGAGGAAGAACUGAACAUCAGUUGCUGAUUUGCAAUCCGCUGUAAAAAUUCUCCAUUUUCUUUUCUCAACUGUCAAUUAAUGAAAUCAGUAUGAAACGGGCAGUAAUUAUCAAUAAUGUGCCAACGCCAAUCUGCGUACAAACGCCGCUUGCAGUCGCGACGCCCGAUGGCGGGCUGCUCUACAGCGGCUUUAAAUGCAUCAAUUAUAUACCGGCUGUGGAUGCGAAGGAUCGAGAAGUGAAAACCAUGUCCUCGCGCAUCACCAUCAGUGGACUCGAUGUCAGCCCCCUGUGGGGCAAACAGCAUAAAUCAGAAAUUGUAUCAAAUGCUCAUGACAAGCAAUUUGCCAUUGUUGGUGAGGAUUGGAGCGUUCUCGUCUGGGAUUGUGAUAUGGGCGUGGCGAUCAAAGGACAUACGGCGCAUCAACGUCCGAAUGAGGCACGAGAUGCGCGACUGCAUCCACAAUUGAAUGUACUAAUGAGUUAUAUAUGCAAUGGCAAUAUAUUAUCGAUGGAUGCAGGCAAUUUGGUCGUCUACUGCGUCGCCUCCAACAGCUAUUUCCGACGGCCCACCUUCCUAUCGCAACGGAAUCAUAAUUUAAGCGUGCUCAGCUGCUCGCCAUACGAUGAGCAUAUAUUUGCUGUGGGCACCACAGGUGGAUCAAUUUUAAUCUGUAAUUUAAAUGAAAUGAACAUUGUGCAUAAAUUGAAUGGACAUGGCCGGAAUGCCAGCAUUUGUUAUCUGGCCUGGCGGGAAAUGUCACAGCAGCCGGAACAACAGCGAGAGCAGGACCAGGAAGAGCCGCAAGCAGACUCUGAUCAGUUGCGUAUUGCGAAGUCAAAAGUAGCCGAGGCAGAUGAUAUAUUUGAUAUAUACAACUACGAUCAUUUGGAAUCGGAGUUUGGUGCUCCGGCCAGCGUGCGUCCUCGUUUGACCAGCAAAUCCUCAGAUGAUUGUGGUGAUUUUGUUGGGCUCGAGAAGCCAGCCAAUAAUGCGAGUCUCGAUUUCAUGGAGGCCUGCGAGUCAUUGAAAGUGGAAAUGGCAGCUCAUCGCCAGGGUCCCAAAGAUCAGCCUCAAGUGGAGGUUACGCUGCAGGACUGCCAGCAAACAGGCACAACUGGCCCACGCAGCGAUAGCAGCCACAAUUCCGAAAGGGAUCAGCAGGAGUUGCAGAGCGCCAGCGAAGGCAGCCUGGAGGUUAUACAGUUUAGCUCGUCCAGCGAUGAUGCUGUCAUUGUCGAUGGCGAAGCCUCCAAGCCCAAGCGUGAGGUGCUGCAUCAUAUUUACCACCAAGCCGAGGUGCACGAUGCCCCAACCGAAUCUCCGCAGCUACAGCAGCAGCAGCUGCAAACCAACGUCCAACCCCUGGACAAGCAAACUAGCGUAGACACGCUGAGCUAUUGCUCCACAGAAAUUCUGCCUCCCCGUCCAGACAUUCUCCUGGCUUCCAUCAAUGACAUCGAUACUAUUAUGAUAUGGAAUACGCGAACGGGUGAACAUUGCGCCAAGAACUAUAGCAAGUCAAAUGCCACAGCCAAAUCCAAGCAGCUUUACUGGCUCAACGACCACACAAUCGUCUCCCUGAGUCGUAACAAUUUGUGCUUCUGGGCCGUAAGCUAUGAGGCCAAAUCACGUCGCUACAAAAUCACGAGAGAUCAACUGCACAAGUGCUCCGAGCAGGACAUCAUAUGCUGCGUGGCCAGCGCCGCAUAUCCGCAGAUCUGGUUAAAUAUGCGCAACCGACGUGUACUCCUAUUGAACCCUCUAACUGGGCAGGUGAACGCCGUCUAUGGCUGCUUGGCCUACGGCGUGCGCGCGAUGUCCGAAUGCCCCAAUGAUAUGAACAAAAUUGUUUUGGGCUGUUCGGACAAACGCGUUGCAAUGUUCGACAUAUCCAAGUUGACCGACCGCUGCAUACCCAUUGAGAGCGUGCAUGUGAACAGCGCCGUCUACUCCCUGUCCUGGAGCCCAGACUGCCUGCAGCUGGCCUAUGGCACCGCCGAUGGCAUUGUGGGCAUACUUGAUGUGGAGCGGAUGCGAGUGAAGAACACGUUUCGUCCGGUGCAGAAGAAGGAGAUCUACUCACUGGUGUGGAAGGAGGACUACAUUUACUUUAUAGUAAAUCGCAUGGUGGGCAUGUACUCUGCGCGACAACCAAAUCAAGAGGCCUUACUGAUGAAGCAUAUCGAGCGUCCCAGUUUUCUGAAUGUGCGUGGACCCUUGCUCUUGAUUGGCACAGAGAAUGGUCUGCUUCAGUUACAUAGUAGAACUUCGUUUGAACAACUGCCUUGUACAGCGCUUUUUGCCCGCUAUGUCACUGAUAUAGCCUUCAGUCCGGUGGCGACGAAUGUGUUUGCAGUGGCGGGUAACGAUUGUAUGAUCUAUGUGCUGGAGUUGCACUUAGCCACGCGCACCUGGACCAAGCUGCACAAGUUCACGGACAACGAUUCGUGCGCGUCCAUUGCAUCGGUCAAGUGGAGCAAUCAGCAUGCACAUUUGCUGCUCAGCUUCCAUAUUGAGGGCAAGGUGUGCAUGUGGAGCACCAGGGAGCCGAAGCAGCCACCGCUAAUCAUCAAAUAUGAGUGCCCCAUGUGGAGUGGUCUGUUCCUGCCCUCCGAUGAGCUCAUCAUUAUGUGCGGCGGCAAGACACUCUCACUCGAACUGGUUAGCAUCAAAGAGGCUUUGGCCAGCAACGAAAAGCAGAUACGCUCCAAGCUGGAUCCCAUAGGCAAGCUGCACUGGGCUUACAAAUCCAACGCACAGCCCAAUCAACCCACAUUGACCGCUGCACAAAGGAAGCGUCAGUCCCGCGAGAAGCGCAAGGCCAAUCAAGCAGCUGCUGCCAGUGGGCAGGCAGUCAAGCCGGAGCUGGACGCUCAGCAAUCAGUUGAGCAAAAGGAACAAGAGCAGCAGCAACCGUCGCAGCCACCGAUUGAGUCCAUGAUGGGCGCUCUGAGUCUGCAAACCAAGGGCACCAAUACAAAUGCGCUCGAGUGCAAGAAGUGCAAACAGCUGGAGGCACAAAGUGCGCCGAACACUUUUCUCUCUCAUAGCCGCACCUGCCUCUGCCUCGCCCAAAAGGAGCUCAACAAGAGCGCUCUGGAGAAACUGGCCAUAGUGCUCACCGAGGAUGCUGCCAAGAUAGACAAGUCGGUGCUCAUGUCGAAGCUGUUUAGCACCAAAGUCAUGGCCAAGGAGCUAGUUGCUACAGAGCUUAGCAAUUUGAAGCAGUCAAACAACAAGGACAUUGCUCCAGUUAAUCUGGCAGUUACGACAUUCAAAUUGCGCGAGGAACUGGAGCAGCAUAUUGCCAAUAAGACGUUGAACGAGUGGCAUAUAUCUCUAGCGCCCGCUGUCUCCUAUGUUUUCUGGCAAAUUUGCUGCAAGGCCUACGCCCAGCAAAUGGAGGAGCAGGGCUACAUACUGCAUGCAGCAACGUAUAUGCUCGCUGUCGACAUGCAAACGGAGGCCAUUGAAAUGCUGCUGAAGCAUGAGUAUUUCAAGGAGGCAUUGAUCAAUGCGCGCAUCCAUUUGGCCGCCACGGAUCCCAUCAUUAAGACUAUUAUCAACAAGUGGCUGGAUCAGCUGGAGAAGACGGGCAACUAUGCCGCAGCGGCACUUAUCUGCGUCUUGGACAAUGAGAUGCUGCGUGGCUAUUUGUUUUUGCGCAAGUUCCGCAACCGCACCGCCGAAAUAGCCGAUCUAAUGGAGCAAAUCAAGCGCAUAGGUCAGCUGGGGCCCAUGUUCGAUGAGGGCAAAUCAGAGCCAGAGGAGGGCGUCGAGGAGGCAGCCUGAGCGUAAGCUCACUCCGCCUCAUAUAAACACACAUACAUACCAUUAACUGUUAUUUGAAGUAAGGACAGCUAGUUGGCUCAUUUUUCUUCAAGCUUUUGUUAAACGAACUACUAAUUGAUCAAUGUUCAAUCAAUUAUGUUUUCCAAACCAAACCCCAAGCAUGAAUUUAUACGAAUCACAA